CUGUUGUUGUGUGCCUGUCUGUCUGAUUUCAUUUCACCUCUCUUUCCUAACCCCCAAGGCCACGCCACUGUCACUUUCCCACAAUGUGCACCAAUAACAACAAUCUCUCACUUCCCCACUAAAAUCUAAUCUGGGUUUCAUUCUUCAGAGGACAAAGUUUCGGACUUUGCGGGAUUCGGCUUGUUCCACUGCUGUCAUGGGCAAGGUCGCGGUGGGAGCUGCCGUUGUCUGUGCUGCCGCCGUUUGCGCCGCGGCGGCGCUGGUGGUGCGCCACCGCAUGAUUAGUUCCCGCAAAUGGAGUCGAGCCAUGGCCAUACUGAAAGAGUUCGAGGAAAAGAGUGGGACCCCGCUUGCGAAGCUCAGACAAGUGUGUGAUGCCAUGGAUGUGGAGAUGCACGCAGGUCUCGCAUCUGAAGGUGGUAGCAAGCUUAACAUGUUGAUCAGUUUCGUCGAUAAUCUCCCUACUGGGGAUGAGAAAGGACUCUAUUAUGCACUGGAUCUUGGUGGCACAAACUUCCGUGUCCUUCGUGUACAUUUGGGUGGGAAAGAAAAAGGUGUUAUUGGCCAAGAGUUUGCAGAAGUUUCAAUUCCUCCACAUUUGAUGACUGGUACUUCGGAGGCAUUAUUCGAUUUUAUAGCAGCAGCUCUUGCCAAGUUUGUUGCUUCAGAACCAGAUGGUUUUCAUCCUCCACCCGGCAGACAAAGAGAACUGGGUUUUACAUUCUCAUUCCCAGUGAGGCAAACAUCAAUUUCAUCCGGGACUCUGAUUAAGUGGACUAAAGGUUUUAAUAUUGAAGAUACGGUUGGUGAAGAUGUGGUGGGAGAGCUAACCAAGUCCAUGGAAAAAAUUGGGCUGGAUAUGCGAAUUGCUGCUCUAGUUAAUGAUACCAUUGGAACAUUAGCUGGAGGCAGAUUCUACAAUCAGGAUGUAAUUGCUGCUGUGAUUCUUGGUACUGGGACAAAUGCAGCAUAUGUAGAACGUGCACAUGCUAUUCCAAAAUGGCACGGCCUUAUACCAAAAUCUGGAGAUAUGGUUAUAAACAUGGAGUGGGGUAAUUUCCGAUCAAAUCUUUCUCUUACAGAAUAUGAUCUGGCUCUUGAUGCUGAGAGUUUAAACCCUGGAGAACAGAUUUUUGAGAAAUUGAUUUCGGGCAUGUAUUUGGGGGAGAUUAUUAGGAGAGUUUUGUUGAAGAUGGCUGAAGAAGCUGACUUUUUUGGAGAUACUGUUCCACCCAAAUUGAAAGUUCCUUUCAUACUUAGGACACCUGACAUGGCAGCCAUGCACCACGACACUACUCCUGAUCUUAAAGUGGUUGGAAACAAAUUAAAGGAUACAUUAGAGAUCUCGAACACUUCCCUAAAAGUGAGGAAGAUUGUUGUGGAACUAUGUGACAUUGUUGCUACUCGCGGGGCCCGCCUUGCUGCUGCUGGUAUUUUGGGCAUCCUCAAGAAACUAGGAAGAGACACAGUUAAGGUUGGGGAGAAGCAAAAGUCGGUGAUAGCAUUGGAUGGAGGAUUGUAUGAACACUACACUAAAUUCAGAGAAUGCCUGGAGAGUACACUGAAGGAAUUGCUGGGAGAGGAGGCUGCUGAGACCAUUGUCAUUGAGCACGCUAAUGAUGGCUCCGGCAUUGGUGCAGCCCUUCUAGCAGCUUCUCACUCCCAAUAUUUGGGAGUGGAGGAGUCGUAAAUUAUUGCCGAGGGAAUGUAAUACUAGUUUCAUUUUUUUCGUAGGUAAUAGAUCAACACAUUGAAGCAAUGAUGCCUUGGUUAUUGGUCCUGCAGAUCAUGUCCACCGGGGAGGGCUCUCUCUCCUUACUGGGGCAUUUCAUUAUUUUGGUUCGGGGUUUGUUUCUCCUUCGUUAAGGAAUAAUAUCAAAGAUAUAAACUUAAUCAUGAGUGACUAUUCACCUUUUGCGGAUGUAGCCAACCGGAAUAAAUCAGGACUUAAUGCACUGACAAGCCUAAGGGCUUUUUUAUUCAAACCAUUUCUGAGUUAUCAGGA